UUGUGCGACAACUUCGACCAGUUACAAAUCGCUAUUCGCACUCUCUCAGCUGCUUCUACGAUAUAUUUCGACUGUGAAGGAUAUGAACUCGGUCGUACUGAUGGUAGACUAGCGAUAAUCAGCAUGGGAGCUAUCGAAAAAGAACAAGGAGAAGAGCGUCUAUCCACUUUUCUUAUUGACGUCCUCGCGUUUCAAGGAAAAAGAAAAAAGAAGCAACUUAUUCCCAUAUUUGAUAUCAUCCAGUCUAGUACCAUUGUUAAGGUCGUCUUCGACGGGAGAUCCGACGCAUCUGAGCUUCUUCAUGGGUCCAAUGUCACUCUGCGCCGAGUAGUUGACCUUCAAAUUGCCGAUAUCACCUCUCGAAAGCAAAGGGGUGAAACCACGCUGAGGCGACUGGAGCGCCUUCGAGGGUUUUUACCCCGACGAGAAAUCGAAGAAAAUGCCUCCCUUCUCCGACAAGUACAAAGGCUCAAUGGGCUUAUAUCCGCUUUGGUGGAGCAUGGU